CCUAACACUUACUGACAAGCUGACGAGUAAAGAGAGAAUGUGGCCACUCCCUGGACCGCUUUCCCUCUGGGUGAGGUUAGGAGGUGAUGACUAAUCUGGAGUCCAUACGGGGAAAGCAACCGAAAAGCCAAGUCAUUUGGAGAGUAUGAGAGAGAGAAGUCAAUGAGAAGACAACAUUUUAAAGGCUGAAGGCAUCAAAAUCAAGACUGAACAUCAAUUUAAGCGUCAUCAUCAUGGUAACCCUGAACACUCAAUCUCUCACCUCGCCGGUGGGAAUAAUCCGCCUCUUUGAGUUCACACUAACGCUCAUUACCUUCAGCCUGGUGGCUUCUGAAGGCCACGACAGCUCUUCGUUCUGGGCCUGGUGCACGUUCACCUGGUUCUUCUGCUGUUUCAUAACCCUCCUCAUCAUCAUCCUGGAGUUCACCAGCCUCAACACCAAGGUGCCCAUUUCUUGGGACGACUUCACAACGGCUUUUGCGAUGUUGUCCACGCUUAUGCUGUUGGCCGCUUCGGUCAUCUACCCCACGUUUUACGUGACCUCCAGACAUUCGGUCAGGAUCGCAGCCACAGUGAUCUCCUGUGUGUGCUUCUGCCUGUACUUAUCCGAGGUGGGACUGACCCGAGCCAAACCCGGGGAGAUCAGCGGGUUCCUGUCCACCGUGCCGGGCUUGCUGAAGGUCCUGGAGGCGUUCGUGGCCUGCAUCAUCUUUAUCUCUCUGAAUUAUACCUUUUAUAGCUGGUUCCCUGGGCUCCAGUGGUGUGUGGCCGUCUACUCGUUCUGCUUCAUCAUCGCUCUCCUCAUCAUCAUCCUCACCAUCGGCAAGUUGAUGUCUCGAAUCCCCAUCCCGCUGAACAAAUGUCUGAUGGGGUACAACAUACUGGCGGUUUUAAUGUACCUCACGGCCGUGGUGAUAUGGCCUAUCUACAGUUUCCAGAACAAUCCAAGACCACCAGGCUGCUUCGCCUGUUACUGGGAUAACAUGGCUGUUGUGUCCUUCAUGACUUGCAUCAAUCUGAUCGUCUACAUCGUGGAUACGGUUUACUCGGUGCGUCUGGUGUUUGUUUCACCUGCCUAGAAUGUCACGAUGGUUGUGUGAUGAAGUGCGUGUGAUGUGAGUUUCAAAAUGUAAAAUCUAUUAAAUGUAAAUGUAAUUAGUUUUUGGCAUCAGCUCAGGAUGGGAAGUACAGUUGUUAUACAGGCAGUUUUAAACAUGCACAUACUGAUUGUGUUAUUAUAUUAAUCUUACUGAAAGUUUAUUGAUGUUAAUGCACUCUAAACAAUGUUAUGAGGCUUUUUUUAAAUAUUAAAAAAAAUAUGACAAACACAUAAUUUAUGUAUCUAUUUUGGUUUCACUCACUUGUUCUCUGUCCACUAUCAGUGUUUGCAAAUAGUGAAACCGCAGAAAUAAAAAGAUCUUGAGGAGACAUCAGUUUCCAUGGUUAAUGGAUUUAUAGCAUCAUAACUCUAACAGUUAGUGUCAGUGUAAUAUUGAUCUUUGAUCCUUAUGUUGACUCUCAUGUAACACAUGCUUACAACACGGAUACUAUUAAUGUACUAAAGGUCACGGGGAGUGUUGAGAGAUGUUGAAAUUCCCAAUGAAUGUCACCGUUUUCAUCCUCAAAAAGCCUCAUGAAUUUUGUUAUCAGUGGUGUUUCAGGACUCUAACCCAUGGAAAUACACCCACUAACAUUGUCCAAUUAGUUCCCUGUAGAUUGUUUUUUUAGUUUUUAAAAGUUAAACAUCUUUUAGUUGAUGUUGUUAUGUCUGUCUAGCAUUAUAUUUUAACCUGGAUUUCAACAUGAAAAUAGCAGCUGGCAUUUAAAACAACACAAACAGACUAGAUUUGUUCGGUUUAAAUGAUAAAACACCAGAAGAGGAAAUCAAAAUGAGAUCAAGAAGUAAAGUGACACC